UUUCCUUCUUGUGAUCUAUUUUUGUGAACAAAAACUUGAAAAUUGUCUAUUUCGGAAAAUUGCCCGAUUAACUUUAUGGUUUAAAUAUAACGAGAGCAUUUUUUUCUUAAUCUUAAAUAUAUCACAUUAUUAUUCCAUCUCAAUAGUAGAGCUGGUCCAUAUUUUGUUGAGACCACAAGCCAAAAACAAUAAUGUGUCUGGUUAGGUUUGAACCAUUCAUGUCUUACAGAAUUUAGAGAAAUUUGACUACUAGACUAAAGUCACUUUUGUCAAAUUUUUGGCCGAUAUUAUAUUUAAUAUAUGAAAGCCCGAAUUCCAUGCUUCAUUGGCUUCCAAUCGCCUUUGUUUCUCCUAAACUUCGAAGUAACACACAACAAAUACAGUUUUGAAGGUGGAAAGUACCCUUUUCGGUUCACAUAAUUUUUAGAUCAAUGUCUCGACACCAAAAACCCUUACUUCUCCGUAGCCAUGCACCAUUUUGAUCAAAUAUCUUGCAAGCACUCAUACUCUCCACUGAAUCAUGAAAUGAUGGAGCUUUAUGAAUCAUGAAAGUGGGACGCCUAUAUUAGGGAGGAGGUGAAAGGGGAGAGUAACUCCGAGUGAAUUGGGAGGCGAUAGAAAACAAUAGGGGCCAAUGGUGGUUUCUGAAGAUAUGUGAAACGGUCCAUAUUUCAUAAUAAAAGGCCAAUAUUUGUUUACGGUCCAUUGGUUAACUGAAAAUGGAUUAGACAACGGUGACGUGACAUGCCUCACCACUCACCAUAGUCCCCUUUUCCUUCAGUCAAGUCACAGAGUAUCAUAUUCUCUAUAAUACUCUUCGCUUUUCUGUUGAUUAAUCGUAUAUAUUGAACAUGCUGUGUGAAACACCGUUUUAUUCACACUUAACACUAUGCAGUUGGUCAUUCUUAUUAAGAAUAAAGGUUUGAUUUGUAUUUGAUAAUAAAAAAAUGGGUUUGAUUUGUCAUUAUACAUAUUACACACCAAAUGUCGCAGCACAUCUUUCCAAAAAAUAAAAAUAAACUAAUGAUGACAUCACUGAAAUCUUUUUUAUCUCUCUCUAAUUGCAACAAUCACAGAACAGGUACCAAACCGAGAUUGUCUCUAAUAAAUGUUAGAGUCUCUUAAUUCUAAUGGUAACCGUAAUCACUUAUUAAUCACCUUUCAAUUCUUAAACGUACGUAGUGAUUGUUGUUAAUGCUCAAAAUUUGAGAAACUGAAGCCAGAUAAUAUAAAUAGAGACACAUAAACUUCCAAAGAAGAUAUAUAUUUACAUUCUAUAACACAUCUUUUCCACAUAAUAAAAACUCAUGGACACUCUUAUAAUGGUAUCGAUCAUGACCCUAGUGCUCUUUGUUAGCUCUGGAUCCGCACGUGCCGCCACUCUUAUCGUAUCCAACCAGAUGCAGAGACGUGCUAAUGUUCCCGUCUUCGUGACGUGCCAGGGCUCAAUUCCUAGGAUGUCUAAACCCAUACCUUUGGGUCAAGUCUCGUUGAUAAAGAUCCCAACCACUAGCGGAAAAAAUGCGACUGAUGAUAUCCCACCCACCGCUGAAAAAAACGAUAAACCGGCGAGACCUAGAGUGUCGCAGCGGACGUCUUGCGAAGGAACGUUUUGGGGUGAAGCACAAUUCGUGCCCUCUUUGAGGAUGUACCGUUUGUACGAUUCGGACACUGAUUCUGCGGUGCGUUUCGUUGUUGCAAAAGAUGAUGGGUUUUACUGUUGGAACAAUGACAAGAAUUAUUGGCACAAGUGUCCUAUGAUCAUUUUCAUCUAAUUGCUCCAAAUUUACGUUUCA